AUGUCGUUUCGAUCUUUCCGCUUUCUCGCGCGCUUCGCCAACGCCCACCACCACCCUCCCACCUCCACGCACCGUUUCCCACUCUCAUCUCUCCACGCGCCACCCUCUUCUCCCCACCAUCACCAUCCUCACCUCGACGAACGCCUCGUACUCGACCAAAUCUCCCACCUUUUCCCCAUUCCCGCUUCCGAAUCUCAAAACCCCGUUUCGAAACCCCUCGAACCGCCGCCCCCAGACGCGAAACCCGUGGACGCUUUUUUGUCCCCCGAAGAUAAACUGCGCGGAGUCUUCCUCCAGAAGCUAAAGGGCAAGGCUUCAAUCGAAACUGCUUUGUCCAACGUUGGUGCUGACGUGGACGUUAACGUUCUCGGUAAUGUGCUCAAUUAUGGGAACCUCAGUGGUGAAUCCAUGGUCACGUUUUUCAACUGGGCGGUUAAACAGGCUGGGGUUCCCAAUGUUGUUGGUAGUUACCAUGUGAUUGUUAAGGCACUAGGAAGAAGAAAGUUUUUUGAUUUUAUGAUGGGUGUGUUGUGUGACAUGAGGCAACGUGGCAUUGAUGGUGAUUUGUUGAUGUUGUCUAUUGUUAUUGAUAGUUUUGUUAGGGCUGGUCAUGUGUCUCGGGCAAUUCAGGUCUUUGGGAAUUUGAAUGAUCUCGGGCUUCGGCGUGACACUGAGGCUUUGAAUGUGCUUUUGUCGUUUUUAUGUCGUCGGUCUCAUGUUGGUGCUGCCAAUUCUGUUUUGAAUUCGAUGAAGGGGAAGGUUUGUUUUGAUGUUGAUACAUACAAUGUGGUUGCUGGGGGGUGGUCUAAGAUUGGUAAGGUGGGUGAGGUUGAGAGGAUUAUGAGGGAAAUGGAGACUGAUGGGGUUCUACCCGAUUGUAGGACAUUCGGAUUCCUUAUGGAGAGCUUGGGGAGGGCAGGUAGAAUGGAUGAGGCUGUUGAGGUUUUCUGUGGUAUGAGGGGGAAGAAUUGCCAGCCAGAUACUUCUGCUUAUAAUGCAAUGAUUUUCAAUUUUCUGUCUGUUGGGGAUUUUGAGGAGUGUAUGAAGUAUUAUAAUAGGAUGUUGAGUGAUAACUGUGAACCUGAUCUUAAUACGUUUGUCAGAAUAAUUAGUGCGUUUCUCAGAGUGUGGAAAGUGGCUGAUGCACUUGAGAUGUUCGAUGAGAUGUUGAAGCGAGGUGUUGUACCUUCUAUUGGUACCAUAACAGCCUUCAUCAAACGAUUGUGUAGCUAUGGUCCACCGUAUGCUGCUUUGAUGAUAUACAAGAAGGCAAGAAAAUUAGGGUGUAUGAUAUCGGUGGAAGCUUAUAAGAUACUGCUUAUGCGGCUCUCUAAGGUUGGAAAGUGUGGAACAUUGUUGAAAAUAUGGGAGGAGAUGCAAGAAUGUGGGUAUAGUUCAGAUUUGGAUGUUUAUGAGUUCAUCAUUAGUGGUCUUUGCAAUGUUGGACAGCUGGAAAAUGCUGUUCUUGUUAUGGAGGAGGCUUUGGGCAAGGGGUUUUGCCCAAGCAGGCUAGUAUAUAGUAAACUGAGCAACAGGCUGCUUGCUACAAAGAAAACAGAGACGGCUUACAAGCUGUUUUUGAAGAUCAAACAUGCCCGUUCCCUUGAAAAUGCGAGAAAUUAUUGGCGUACUAAUGGUUGGCACUUUUGA